AUGGAUGUUAUGGAAGCAGUUCCAUUUUUUGGAACUUCAAUUGAAAUGCAAUGGAAAAUAUUGUGGGAAGCUGCGAAUAUUCCAAAAGUUAAAGUGGCCAAGCUUGAUAGGAGUAAAGUUAGUAAAGAACAAAGUGUUUAUAUGCCUCAGAUUCCUGAGAUUGCAAAGUGCCCAGAAAAUUUAAAGCCGUUGAAGCAAUGGGAGGAUGCAUUUCUUGCUGAUUUUUCAGAGUUACGGACGCUUCCAGAACACUUCACUCAGCUUGCUGAAAGUGUUAUUCUUGAAAAGUUUAAUAACCUCAGAACAGAUGAAGUCCAUUCCAAUAAGGUGCUUGAUGUUUCCUGCCUCAGUAACGCAGUUGACCCGUUAUCUGUAGGAAAUGCUGAAGACAGUAAAAUAUUAGCAUAUUCUCAGGACAACUCUCCUAAAAGUUCUAUCAGUGAUUCUUCAUGCAACUGCCCUACAUUGUCUGCAAUUUUAGCAAUGGAUUCUGUAGCACGAGCAUCAGUGCUGAGGAAACGCAUAAACUCGGUAGAAACCAUGAGCAUGCUGUCAAAAAAUGAUUGUGUAUGGCUCUUUGCUUUAUGCGCAGCAGUUGAUACUCCAUUAGACGCUGACACUAGUGCUGCUCUUCGAAGCCUCCUCCAUAAGUGUGCUAGCUUGCGAGCUGCAAAGUCUGAACUUGAUGAUGAGGUUGUAAUGCUGAAUAUUCUUGCCACAAUUUCUGGCAGGUAUUUUGGACAGUCUGAAAAUUGA